CUGCCAUUUAAGUUGACUAGGUAACAGGGUGGAUGAGGGGAUAAUGGUGUUACAGGAGGUUAAGUAUGUUAAUCGAGAAAUUGCUAAAUGAGUUUCGGGCAGAGGGGGCGGGUGUAUAUGUUAAAACCCUAUUUCCAGCAAUAUUUUCAUCUUAUUAAACCAGAACGGCAGUUGUGAUAACAAUUAACGACCUUUUACGUUAUUCCAAAAAAGUCCGCAUUUGUCUGUGGAAUUUCGUUUGUUUAAAAACAGACCAACGACAAUAACCAAAAUAUUCGAGUUAUUUUGUUCAAUAUCUUUGUGAAGUAUCUUGGUAGAGAAGGCUACCAGUUUUAGUUCGAUAUGUAAAAUUUGCGUCUCGAGUAUCGUUUUUUUUUUUUAUUUAACUGCGCAUGUGUAUAUAUCUAUCUAUCUGUAAUUGGUUUUAGCCGCGAGCAGUACACAACUUAAGAUUUCCAGGAACCAGGUGAUGUAGACUACACUACAUUAUGUUUUAAUACGACUACUUGAAUUCCUAAGUGCUGCCAUAUGCUGCUUCAACACACGAGAAGUGUGUACAGGUUGUUGUGUUGGACAGUUUGGAAGAUACCCUCUAUUUCAUGUAUCCAUGUUGCGUCAACUUUCGUACACAAUGCUUCUAUAGUUUGUGUAAUGGUGUUUGUCUUUCUCGCCUCGAAAGUUAAUGAAGCAGAGUGGGUGAUGGAUGACGACAACAGUCAAGACACCUAUGUUGCCCAGUUGCGAGAAGUGUUUGAAAGCUGUGACCUUACUGGGACUGGUUAUUUAGGUCAUGAUGAGGUAACAUCUCUCUGUCAAAAACUGCAGUUGACAGAUCAAGUUAGUAUCUUCAUCAAGCACCUAUUUGGUAGCAAUCCAACUGCAAGGGUUGAUUUUCAAGAGUUCAAAGAAGGAUUUAUAUCACUAUUAACUCAGUCAGCUGACAUCAAAGAUGAAGAAGAAGAAUGUGAGGAUGAUACAGCUUACCAAUUCUCAGAUCGUGAAGUGUCGCCCAAACUGGUGUUGGGAAACAAGAAGUAUGGCAGACGUUCUCGACCAGAAUCACUAGCAGAUACAGAGAAUGGACUUCAAGUAGAUUUCUCAGAUUCAGAAGUUCUCUUUGUCCCAGAUGCUAGUCACGAAGCUCCAGAUAUGGUGUGGACGUCUUCACCUAAAGUUGAUAGUUGUGAUGUGCAGCAUGACUCCAAACGAAAUAGGAGAUUUAUACAUCGAGGCCAUAGUGAACCUACUCCCAAAUCCUCAAUAGAUUAUUCUCCCGUUCAAUCAUUUAUUUCCACCCCAGAGUGCAGGCAAGGAAAUACUACAGAUCUCAACCGUUUAUCUCAAAGAACUAAAUUCUUUGAAAUGGAUACAACAUUUGGUUCACAAGUAAGGAAUGCAGAAGAGUUUCUUAGAAGCAUCUGGAAAAAACUUGAGGUGGGAAACGAUGGGUAUCUGAACUUGGAGGAGCUGACCCGAGUGUGUGAACAUAUCGGGAUGGAAAUGUCAGAUGAUGUUGUUGCUCAACUGUUUGAUAAAUUAGACUGUGACCAAGACGGACAAAUAAGCUUUGAAGAACUUUUACAAGGUCUUUUCCAACAUGGUGGGCCAAAUGCUUCAAAUAUAUCAUCGUACACCUGUGAUACCCCAGUUGAAGGCAGCCCUAUUCGUAAACCUAUUAUCUUCAAUAUUGAAUCUGCAGAUGAUCGGCAGAUGGCGCCAGUGGUUUCAGAGUCAGGAGUAUUUACUUCUAUUGAUCCAGACAAUUCAGGUUAUGCUGAUGCUUCUUCUUUGGUGGAUCUGUGGGAAUCCCUCGGCCUUACAGGAGGCAUGCGUUUUCUCAAGGAGCUCGGCUACAAUCCUAACCUGAAAAUUAACCUUCAAGACUUGACUGUUCUGCUGGAAGAAGAGCUGACCGCAGCAUGCCAGUCCAGUGGAUUUCAGUUUGCUUUAACGACAUAUCAAAGUGAACUUCGACACCUGAAAACAAAUUAUGAACAAGUAAAAGCAGAGCGAGACAAGCUGAGAGUAAACUUGGCAGAAGCCAACACAAGAGCUGUUCUUCUCGCUCAAGAAGUGGAUGAUCAUCAUGCAAAGUUAGAAAAGGCUUCUCAGAACAAACUAAUGCACAUAGAAAAGAAGUACCAGGAACAGUUGCGAGAACUACAAGAAGAACUACAAAAAGAUCGCGAAUCACUAACUGCACAAACAUCUCAUCUUAAGCAGCAGCUUCAGGAGGAAUUAGAGUUGGCACGAGAUGAAGAAAAUAAGCUUCGGGGCAGAUUAUCUGCUCUGCAGAAUGAAAACUCUCGUCUUGAGUUUGAAGUUCAAGAAACAUCAGAAAAAUUCAGUGAAGCCAAAAAGUUAAAUGAUGCACAACAGAAAGAAGUAGAGACUGUAGCAGAAUUAAGAGAAAAGAUUGCUGAGUUGGAAUCUGGUCAAGACUUACUUCAGGACCAACAGUACCAGUCUCUUCUUCAAGAAUGGGAACAGUUUAAAAAACAAAAUAAGGAGCUUCAAGACCACAAUGAUGAACUGAGCUUGGAAUUGGAGAGUUUGCGGCAACAGAUUGCCACGACGAGUAGGCCACAAGGAAAGCGUCACAAGCGUAUAGGGUCUUGGUUAUCAGAUUAUAAUAAUAAAGGAGGUGCAUCUGGUAGCCGAUUAAAGAGGCGUGGAAGUGGUUCCUCUACCGAUGAAAAUUCUGGAGAUGAUAGCCCCAAACUUGGUAAAGUAAGAAGAAGAAUUCACCUGACACCAGAAGUUGAAGAAGGUUUAUCAAGAAUGCCAUUUGAAGUGGAGCAGAUGAAAGAGAAUCACCAAGAGGAAAUGGAGAAAUUAAAGAAUGACUAUGAAAGAACUUUAAGAGAAGUUGAAAAUUCUUACAGAAAUAGAAUCACAGACCUCGAAGCCCAACUUCUAAAACAAGCUGACGUGGACAAGGAUAACAUGGACUUCAGUUUGGAUGGUUCUGUCCAGAUGGACACACUGGUACAAAGAUUGCAGGAAGAACUGGAUGAGCAACGAAAUACUGUGAAAACUUUAAAAAUCCAGAUGCAGCAACAGGUGGAGGAGGUGAAAAGACAGAUCACAGAGGAGAUCAGAAUCAAAGAAGAAACUCUUUCUAGGAAAGAAGAUGAAAUUGGAAACAUAAGGGCUCAGCUUACAUCUCUGUUGAGUCAGAAGGAUGAAGAGUUGAACAGACAAAUCAAAAUGAACAAACAGCUGGAAAGCCAGAAGCAUGACCUGGAGAAGAAAAUGGAUGAAGUGACUUUAAGUUGCUUAGAAAAAGAACAGACAGCAACAUCUCGGGAAAGUUCAAAAAAUAGCUUGAGUGGUCAUGAGAUUGUAAAAAACUUUUCAAAUAACCCAAAUACAGUCAGCACAGAUUUGAAUUCAAUCAUUGACUCUCUAAGAACCCAGUUAAAAACUGACAUACAAAAGCUAUUCAAUAUACCAAGUUCCAAUCCGUGCCAGGCAGCAGGAGGAGAUGAAAGUUUAAUGAAUAGGUUUAAUGACAAGCUAGAUUCUCUCCUUUCAAAAACACUCAAGACUUUAGAGAGUCAGCUGGAGACAAACUACUUUCAAGAACAAGAGAACAUUAAGCAAGAAUAUGAAGAGAAACUGAAACACCUUAGACAAGAACACAUGAUGGAGCGGGUAGAAAUGGAACUACAAUAUAAGGAGGAACUUCACAAACUUCGUCACUUCCAAUCACAAGGCACAGAGGAGACAAUUCCUAGCCAGACCGACAUGCUGUUAAAAGAUUUGUACGUAGAAAAUGCAGCUCUGACAAGAGAAUUACAGAAAUGUGAAGAACAACUACUAAAAGCUGAGCAAAACAGUACUCGACUCCAGUAUAAGUGUAAAGUACUGAGUAAGCUGCUCGCAGACAUUACUAGAAGUGCAGUAUUGUGAUCACGUGUGUCAAUUAUAGCUAGUCAUACUCGAUUCCAGUGUAAAGUGUAGAUUAAACUGUUAACAGACAUUACUGGAAUUUCAGUGCUGUGUUCAGGUGUAUUCAUUAUGGUUAGUCAUUGCUAAGUUCUCUAGUAGCAAACAUUAUGAUAACUUCAGUGUUUUGACUGCUGUGUCCAGUAGUGCUAGCCAGUGUUGAAUGUGACAUAAGAAGACAUUAUUAUAACUCUUGUCAUAUAUGGCCUCUGAUUGUCAAGGAUGUGGGAAGACAUUAUUAUAACUCUUGUCAUAUAUGGCCUCUGAUUGUCAAGGAUGUGGGAAGACAUUACUAUAACUCUUGUCAUAUAUGGCCUCUGAUUGUCAAGGAUGCGGGAAGACAUUAUUAUAACUCUUGUCAUAUAUGGCCUCUGAUUGUCAAGGAUGUGGGAAGACAUUAUUAUAACUCUUGUCAUAUAUAGCCUCUGAUUGUCAAGGAUGUGGGAAGACGUUAUUAUAACUCUUGUCAUAAAUGGCCUCUGAUUGUCAAGGAUGUGGGAAAUAGAUAUAAAACUAAUUUCACUGUUGUGGUCAACUGUGUCCACUAGACUAAACAAGUGUUGAACUAUUUUCACUGCUGUCAUUCAUUGUGUCCAGUUGUGUUAUUCAGUGUUGGUGAGUUGUUUAGCCAACAACAUACAAUUGUGCUAUUCAAGAUAUUUGCAUGUCCUGAUGAAUAAAUGAUAAGGAAAUAGUGCAUGUCAAUGCUAACGUAUUGUUUUUACCUGCUCUAUCUGUAUGGCUAGAUAUUAAUGGAUAAGUGGCUAGCAGAUUUUUUAUGAGUAACAGUGUUAGGCCAAGAAAUGCUGGCAAGUUAUCCAUAACUGUUUUAUUUAUCAGUGUAUCAUUUAUAUAUCUACUUGUCUAUUCACCUUAAUCAAAAAAUUUUUAAUUUAGGUGCAUCAUAGCUUUUUUUUUAUCAGAACUAAUAUUAAGAUAUUAAUAAAUGCUUACAAUGUUUGUUUGUGUUAAAUUACUACACUUUUCUCUUCAUUUGAUAUUGUCAGAACUCUAGUACUACAAUUAUCUAAUUUUUCUUAUUAAUUUGUUACAAUGCACCUUUUGAUGAAAGUAUUCAUCUGCAUCCACAUAAUUACAGUAUAUGAGCUAUAUACUAUGACCAUACAGUAUGUAGUAACUAACCAAUCAGAGAAGCUAUAUAUUAUAACCAUACAGUAUGUAUUAACUAACCAAUCAGAGGAGCUAUAUACUACGACCAUACAGUAUGUAGUAUCUAACCAAUCAGAGGAGCUAUAUACUAUGACCAUACAGUAUGUAGCAUCUAAC